CAGUACAUGACCGUGUAUCCGCCUUUUUCAUCUUCUGAUUGCCCCUGGUAUAUCCACCGUGGCACAAUUAUCAACAAUGGACUGGGAUACAUUGUGUUUCAAUGUUGCCACCCUGAUUGCAGGCGUGUUUGUCCUCGACUACGGCGCAGACAAGUUCAUCGACCACACCGUCAUUGUCGGGCGGCGCCUAGGCGUCUCCCAAACGGUCAUUGCACUUGUGACAGCGGGCGCUGAAUGGGAGGAGCUCGCCGUAGUAGGUGCCGCUAUCCUGCAACAUCAAAGGCCCCUGGCCCUUGGGAAUGUCAUGGGCUCGACCAUCUCCAACGUUCUCGGGGCCUUCCCUUUAGGGCUACUGUUUCACCCACAGGGAGUGGAUUUCGACCGCAGCGCAAAGCUAUAUUCUGCCCUGCUGCUUGUGGUCACGACACUAUUCGUGAUGCUGGCGUUCUCCAACCAACUGAACCCGAUGGUCGGCGGGGUCUUGAUCGCCGUGUUUGGCCUCUACCUCGGCUCGAUCAUCUACGCUAUCUACAGGGGUGUAGCGUCGCCCCCCGAGCUAUCGGACAGCGACGAUAGCAGUGAGCCCGGCGGUUCCAGUCAUGGCGAAGUCGACGAAUCUGCCGCCCAUGCCCCUGAACUCUGUGAGACGUCUCCUCUCAUCGCGAACGAGCGUGAUCCUCCAUCAUCUACACGCAAAGACAGCGACGGCAGAAAAAUCAAAAGCCUCCCAUACCACCUAUUCCAGCUCAUUCUCGGAUUCCUCGCACUGUCGCUGUCCGGAUACAUCAUUUCCCACAGCGCCGCGACCGUCGCAGACUCCCUCCAUCUCUCCGGAACCGUCUUCGGCCUGACAGUUGUCUCCUUUGCCACGACUCUCCCAGAGAAACUGGUUGCCGUCCUCAGUGGUGCCCGAGGCCACGGCGGCAUUCUGGCCGCGACAACGGCCGGAAGCAAUAUCUUCCUGCUGACGCUCUGUGUUGGUGUCGUUGCAGUGGUGGAUAACCAGGGACAGAAAGCGAGUGGUGGUUUUGUCGCCUUUGAGCUUCUGGCGGUCUGGGUCUCUUCCUGGGUGUUUUGUGCUGUCGUGUUUUUGGGGCUGGGGAGAAAUGCGGCGGUUGUGCUCUUGGGGGCUUACCUUGUGUUUUUGUGCUUGGAAAUCACUGUUUACCGGCGAUGAGCACCUUAGCAUCGAAUGUGCAAUAGAGGAGGGUUGUGGCUGGGACAGCCAGUGGGAACUUGGG